AUUUAAUAAUACAAAAUAAUAUUUAUUUUUCUGUUUCCCUUCUCUCUCUCUUGUGUUGUCAUUUCUAAUCCUGGAGACGCCACUUCCAUGGCCAAGCCAAGGGCACCCAGGCGCACUCUAGACUCUUACACAGUCAAGCACAUCAACAAAACCAUUAAAGCUUCUGACUGCGUCUUGAUGCGACCCUCCGAUCCGUCCAAGCCUUCCUACGUAGCCAGGAUCGAUCGAAUCGAAUCCGACGCUCGUGGUGCCAACGUCAGGGUCCAUGUCCGCUGGUACUACCGCCCGGAGGAGUCGAUCGGUGGCCGCCGCCAGUUUCAUGGCUCUAAAGAGCUGUUCCUUUCUGAUCAUUAUGAUAUACAAAGCGCUGAUACCAUCGAAGGCAAGUGUACGGUUCACAGUUUCAAGAGUUACACUAAGCUAGACGCUGUUGGAAACGAGGACUUCUUCUGUCGUUUUGAGUACAAUUCCUCCACUGGUGCUUUCAAUCCCGAUAGAGUCGCCGUGUAUUGCAAAUGCGAGAUGCCUUAUAACCCUGAUGAUUUAAUGGUUCAAUGUGAAGGCUGCAGUGACUGGUUUCAUCCUGCUUGUAUAGAAAUGACUGUAGAGGAGGCUAAAAGACUUGAUCACUUCUUUUGUGAGAAUUGUUCGUCUGAAGGUCAAAAGAAGCUGCAGAAUUCCCAUUCUACUUCCAGACAACCAGACACAAAGGUGGAAACAAAGAGGCGUAGGAGGGGACAAAGUAAAUAAAAAGAAUAUGUUGAUAUAGAAUGAUAAAGGAGGAACUGGAGUACCAUCUUUUUAACUUGGGUAGGCUUCAAGCAAACACAGAGGCAAUCGGGCAAAGAUAUUUGCUUGACAAGCUGUACUAUUUAUGAGCCAAUGGCAGAGGGAAACUGGUUUGAAAACCUUUGUUAUGUUUAUAUGGUUUGAGGGUUGUCACCUUGUUUUCCUUUGAAAGUCGAGGACGUGUUUGGCUGUUUAUAGUUGUGUUAUGUAGAUCUCUAAUACUUUGGUUUCUUGUUUAUAAUUUAGGUUUAUAACCAAAACUAUUUUAACUUUAUUGAAAAGCAAAUAGAUACAAGGGUCUUUUAAUGCC